AUGGCCUCGUCCCGGUCCCCGAGCCGCGGCUUCCCGGGGCUCCCGCCCGGGGGAGGCUCCGAGAGCCCGCCGUCCCCGGGGCCCCCGGCCUCCGAGGGCGGUGGGGCGCCCGGGGGGACCCCCGAAACCACCCCCGAGGCCCCGGGCGGGGCCGCGCCGCCCCACCCCGCCGGCGAGGACCAGGCGUCACCGCCCCGGGCCCCAGGCCCCUCCUCCCUUCGCUGACCCGCACCAGCGUGUGGCCAGAGAAUGAGCCGGAUCACCGGCGGCCUGCCGGCCGCAGAGAAAAGGUGGCCGUGGCAGGUGAGCCUGCAGGUCAGCGACUACCACGUGUGCGGGGGCACGCUCAUCGCCAGCCGCUGGGUGCUCACCGCCGCACACUGCAUAUACGGCCAUCUGGAAUACAUCGUGAAGCUGGGAGACACCAAUCUGAACCGCAAAUCCACAACAGCCGCUGUGGUCCCAGUCCAAGAUAUCGUUAUCCAUCAGGAUUAUACUCCUAUGGGGACCCUGACCCACGACAUCGCCCUGGCUUUGCUGGCCUUCCCCGUGAAUUACUCCUCCCACAUCCAGCCCAUAUGCCUCCCCGAGAAAGCUUUCCCCAUCCAGACCGAUACUCAGUGCUGGGUGACCGGAUGGGGCAAGCUAAAGGAAUCAGAUGGGGACGACGUAAUGCCAAAAAGACUCCACGAGGCUCAGCUAGACCUUGUUGACUACAAGACAUGUAACAAAGUACUCAAGAGAAUAAUGUUGACCAGGAAGGACGUGGUCAAGAGGGGGAUGAUCUGCGGCUACAGCCCCAGAGGAAAGGACUCUUGUCAGGGGGAUUCCGGGGGACCCCUGGUGUGUGACGUGAACGGCACGUGGACCCAGGUGGGGAUUGUGAGCUGGGGCAUCGGCUGCGGCCGCAGAGGCUACCCCGGCGUCUACACCGAAGUCAGCUUCUACCGGAAGUGGGUCAUCCAGCAGAUGAGCCGGGCUCCUCCGCGCCGGGGCCCAGCGGGGGGCCCCCUGCUCUGGAGCUCGUGCCUCACGUUGCACCUGGCCAUCCUGGCGGGCCCCGUGACCCACCCGUGA